AAGAGUUCGCUUCGUUCCUUACUAACUCAUCGUUCUUAUCCUCUCCUCACACCCACCUUCCCUCGCGAUAGAUUGAUCUGGCCACCAUUGGCAUCGCAACCUGCUGCAAAUUCCCCUCUCCCACCCCCAUUCCUUUCUCCCUGCCUCCCACGGGCAACCGAGCGCUGGUGCCGGAGCUGGGACCGGCGCCGCCUGGUGCUGGGACUGAUGCUACGCGAUGCCGUGGCAGCAGCUACAAUACUGUAGACGACGGCGGCAAGUGCUGCAACCAGCAGCCACCAGUGCUGGAGAUGGUCGCGAUAAGUGCCGGAGAACCGCGGCGGCCGGCGUUCAGGGCGACAAGUGCUGGAGCCGGCAAGUUUUUUGCUAGAAGCAGCCCCAGUUUUUGCUACCAUUGUCUUCUUUUUUUGCUGGAACCGGGUUUUUUUUGCUACUGCGUUGCGUGUUUUGCUGGAACCAGUGUGCCAAUCUGCUACCACCAUCUUCAUUUUUUGCUGGAACCAUUCCAAAAUUUGCUACCAUCAUUUGUUUGGUGUAACCGGGCGUACCAAUUUUGCUACCACCAUCUUCAAUUUGUGCUGGAGCCAAUCAAAAAAAUUGCUACCAUGUCUUUGUUUGGUGAAAAUAGUCCACCACUUUUUCGCUACGACCGUUUUGAGUUUUGCUACUAUCGGCGUUGUCAAUUGCUACAUCCAUUUUUCAUGACACACCGACACUUGUGAAAAUAUGUUUUUGCUGCAACCGUUGUUGUUUUUCACUACCACGGUGUUGACAAUUGAUACAUACAGGGGAAGGCCAUGGAAAUGUUGCUGUAAUGGCGACCACAGGCGGCACCGGCGAGCUUUAUUUUCGCUGGAAAUGAUCCCCUUUUUUGCUACAACCGGUCGAUUUUGUUGCUGCUACCGGCAACCCGAGGGAGAGUACAAUUUUUUUUGCGAGCUCGUCGUCAGAGAUGCUGUGACCUGCAACUGGAGCACGUCGGAGUUGUGCCCACCUCCACCAGAGCUGUGACCGGUGUCACAAGGAGCUGCAACUACGGCUGCUGCAUGCACGGAACCGGCGAGAAACACGGGAGACCGACGGCGGCGAUGGGCGGUGGUGACCGGAGGUGAUGGGCGGUGACCGGCGGCGAGAGCGGAGACCGGCGAGAUGUGAGCUCCUGCUGCAGGCCGCGGCGGCAGCGCUGCGUUCCCACGAGGAAGGAGGAACCGAGAUCGAAAAGGGAGCAUCGAUUCAUUUUUUUUUUUGUCUGUUGCGAGACUCAGAUCGAACAGGUCAAAUUUGAUGAAUCGGACGCUCGAGCAGUGACCGGCCCAACUAUUCGGCCGGCGCGCCGGUGCCUAUAAGCGCCCAAAAAUAAAGCAUCUAUACUGUAAGUACUGUAUAUUUGUGUGCUGACGUGGCGUGCAUUUCAUUUGGCAGGCACACGCGUGCCUCACAGACAAGGCGCGCAGGAGGAACUUCGACGCUGAGCGGGCCACGGCCUUCUGCGCCACGUGCCAUGAUCGUGUGAGGGCCGCCACGACGCCUGCGCCCCCACCAGGCACCGCGCCAGUGACAGGAGGACGCCGGCCGCAACAGCGUCCACGCAGCAGCAGCACAGCAAGGCUCGUGGCUCCGUCGCGAAGCAGGGCGGCGGCGGGAUGAGGUCGCCGACGCAGGCGCUGCGGGAGGUGCGGAACCAGCUGCAGGAUGAGUGUAGGGUCAUCGACGGCUGCCUACGAGCCAAUGUCGCGCGCGUGCGCAGGCGCCAGUCCUUCCUUCUCUUCGACCUGUCCGAUCGGCAGCGCUUCCCGGACUACCCACAUGCCCGCCCGCCACCCCUGUUCGCCGGCUGCCGGUCGUUCGAGGAGGAGGGACUUGGCGCCAGCCAGGACCAACAGAACUGGUGCAGAGAUGGCAGCUGUGAGUCGCCGGUGUACGGUCAGGACCGGGCCGGAGCGCCCUGCGAGGAUGAGCCUCCCUGGACAAGGCUAGCAAGUGCAUGGGCGCUCGUUCGUGCCAUCAAGCGCCGUACUGUUUAUAGAAAGUCUAACAGGUCCAUCUACAUACAUUUUCGAAAAAGAAAGCACUUUUGUCCCCUACCAUCACCUUUUCCGUGUCAGUUGAUCCUGAAACCUUAUCAGCCUAAAUCUUAUCCAUGUGUGCACUUGUUUCGGGUUCAAAAAGUUUAAAAACCUAUAACUUUUGAUUCAAGCGUCAAAAUCCAGGUUUGUUUUUACUGUUGGGUUUCUCGCGACGAUUCUUCAAAAUUAGAUCCCACAUUGAUAGGUUUUGUCAAACUUUUUGUGAGGCAACUUUAGGUGUGAUGGAGGCAACUAUAGUGUUAUAGGGAAGAAACUUCAUUUUUUUUUUCCUAG